UGAUGCUGGCCUACAAAGACAGCUUGAGACUUGUGUUUGUCUUGCCUCCUCCUCCUCCUGCAAUCUCUCAGUGGAUCUUUGUUUUGUGUGUAUGUGUGUGUGUGUUGGGGGGCUGACAAAGAAAAUAGGGUAUAAAUAGUUUGGCAACACAGGUGAGAGAAGUUGGGAUUGCCAUCUAUUGUCGCUAUGGUUGGUCAGGGAACAAGGAUGGAAAACAGGUCCUACGUCAGUGACAUUCUUGUGCUGGAAGAAUUAGGACACUAUGAAUCAUUUGCAGAUGCUGUAUUUUACACACUGCUAUUUGCUUAUAUUGCACUGCUGAUAACCAAUUUUGGCGUUCUUGUUAUCAUCAUUAGAGAGAAAAGCUUACACCAACCCAUGUACCUGCUAUUUUGCAACCUAACAGUUAAUGAUAUCCUUGGUAACACUGUUAUACUACCUCAACUGUUAUUUGACAUGGUUGCUAAAAACAGGUUAAUUUCUUAUAAUGCGUGUGUUUCACAGAUAUUUUUUACUCAUACUUUUGCCUCAGCAUCACACACCAUACUGAUCAUAAUGGCUAUUGAUAGGUAUGUGGCUAUAUGCAAUCCAUUGCGAUACAAUUCAAUAAUGACAGCUAAGGCAGUUGCAGUCUUGACUGUGUCUGCCUGGAGUUUUGUCAUUGUAUUAGUCGGUGUAUUAGUGGGUCUCACAACCAGGCUGUCUCGCUGUAGAUCACUUAUUCCAAAUUUUUAUUGUGACAAUGCCUCCUUGUUCAAGUUAUCUUGUGAAGAUGUGUCUAUUAAUAAUAUCUAUGGACUGUUUUACACUGUGGUGUUAUUUUCCUCCUCAAUGGGUACUGUUGCUGUCACAUACAUUAGAAUUGGUAUCACAUGCUGGACUAAGAAAAAUGCAGAACUCAAUAGCAAAGCCAUCCAAACAUGUACAAGUCAUUUAGUCUUGUAUCUGAUAUUGUUGCUGUCUGGAUUCAUUAUUAUUAUCAUGCAUCGGUUUCCAGAAGAUCGCUUUUUAAGAAAACUCAUGGCUAUUAUUUUUCUUGUUAUACCUGCCCAUUUGAAUCCAAUUAUUUAUGGACUACAGACUAAACAUUUAAGAUUGAAAAUUUUGCAAAUAUUUAAAAGGAAAAUCACUCAGUUAGGACAAUAACAAUUCUAAUGUACUGUAAAUGUUAUUAUACAUGGUUGUAUAAUGUUGUGAUUGCAAAUGGUGAAAUUGUUUUACAUAAGAAUGUUUUAAAAGAUGAUGAUUGUAUUAUACUGGACGUGUGAACCUUUCUUUUCUUGCUGAGGUAAUUGA